UCUCGUUCAUUCUAUCCAAACAUCUUUCUUGACCCCCACCUUCAUCAUGGCUGAGACUCAGGCUGUUGCUGAUUUCGGUCUCAUCGGUCUGGCCGUCAUGGGCCAGAACCUGAUCCUCAACGCUGCUGAUCACGGUUUCACCGUUUGCGCUUUCAACCGUACCACCGCCAAGGUUGACCGCUUCCUCGACAACGAGGCCAAGGGCAAGUCCAUCGUUGGUGCUCACUCCAUCCAGGAGUUCUGCGCCAAGCUCAAGAGACCCCGCCGUGUCAUGCUCCUUGUCAUGGCUGGUAAGCCCGUUGACGACUUCAUUGAGUCUCUUCUGCCUUUCCUCGAGGAGGGUGACAUCAUCAUCGACGGUGGUAACUCCCACUUCCCCGACAGCAACCGCCGCAGCAAGUACCUUGCCGAGAAGAAGAUCAGCUUCGUUGGUAGCGGUGUCUCCGGUGGUGAGGAGGGUGCCCGCUACGGUCCCUCUCUCAUGCCCGGUGGUAACGAGGCUGCCUGGCCUCACAUCAAGGACAUCUUCCAGAGCAUCUCCGCCAAGAGCGAUGGCGAGGCUUGCUGUGACUGGGUUGGUGACGAGGGCGCUGGUCACUUCGUCAAGAUGGUCCACAACGGUAUUGAGUACGGUGACAUGCAGCUGAUUUGCGAGGCUUACGACCUCCUCAAGCGUGGUCUUGGUCUCACCCCCAACGAGAUCGGUGAGGUCUUCGACAAGUGGAACAAGGGUGUCUUGGACUCCUUCUUGAUCGAGAUCACCCGUGACGUCCUCCGCUACAACGACAACGACGGUACCGCCCUCGUUGAGAAGAUUCUGGACAAGGCUGGUCAGAAGGGUACCGGCAAGUGGACUGCCAUCAACGCCCUCGACCUCGGUAUGCCCGUCACCCUCAUCGGUGAGGCCGUCUUCUCUCGUUGUUUGAGUGCUCUCAAGGACGAGCGUACUCGUGCCAGCGGUCUCCUCACUGGCCCCACCCCCGAAUUCACCGGUGACAAGCAGGCUUUCAUCGAUGACCUCGAGCAGGCUCUGUACGCCUCCAAGAUUAUCUCCUAUGCCCAGGGCUUCAUGCUCAUCCAGGAGGCCGCCAAGGAGUACGGCUGGAAGCUCAACAAGCCUUCCAUUGCCCUCAUGUGGCGCGGUGGAUGCAUCAUCCGCUCCGUCUUCCUUAAGGACAUCACCAACGCCUACCGCAACAACCCUGACCUCGAGAACCUUCUGUUCGACGACUUCUUCAAGGCCGCCAUCCAGAACGCCCAGAAGGGCUGGAGAAACGUUGUCAGCAAGACUGCUCUCUGGGGUGUCCCCGCUCCCGCCUUCAGCACUGCCCUCAGCUUCUACGACGGCUACCGCACCAAGGACCUCCCCGCCAACCUGCUGCAGGCUCAGCGUGACUACUUCGGUGCCCACACCUUCCGCAUCAAGCCUGAGCACGCCAACGAGAACUACCCCGAGGGCAAGGACAUCCACGUCAACUGGACCGGACGUGGUGGUGAUGUCUCCGCCUCUACCUACGUGGCUUAAAUGAGGACACGACGCAAUGCGCUGGACGUGAAAAUUUCCCCCCUGAUAUGUUCAACGUGACAGGGAAAGAGUGGGUUUAUAUGACCACGAGCCGGACCACUCGGGAAACAUAGAAUGAUUACGGUAAAAUAUGGUUGGUAUGCAAUGUAUUUAGAUGCAUUUUUAUUAUUAUUAUUCUUUUCCUUUACCAUGUACUUCAUUGAAACAUAAUGAAGCCUGGUUGUUUAAAAGUAUGUGGCAGGGCUUCUUACAAUAACCCACCCGCAGCUAUCACAAUAAAA